AUGGAGUCUACGAAUCGUUUAAGUGCCAUCCAAACCCUAAUAGUGAUCCAGCGUUGGAUAGGUCUUCUGAAAUGGGAGGAAAAGGAAGAUAGCCUUAUCACCUGGUUAAAGCGCAUUUAUCCCUUUGUGCUUCACCUGCCGUUGACCUUUACAUAUAUAGCACUCAUGUGGUACGAGGCCAUCACUUCAUCUGAUUUCGAGGAAGCUGGUCAAGUUUUGUACAUGUCCAUAACCGAACUGGCCCUGGUCACCAAGCUCCUGAAUAUUUGGUAUCGACGCAAUGAAGCAGCCAACCUUAUCAACGAACUACAACACGAUCCUGCCUAUAAUCUGCGCAAUACCGAAGAAAUUAAAUUCUGGCAACUAAAUCAAAGGGGAUUUAAGCGCAUCUUCUACUGGUACAUCGGUGGCAGCCUCUUCGUGGCUGUGAUGGGAUAUAUAAGCGUGUUUUUCCAGGAGGAGUACGAGCUGCCCUUCGGAUACUACGUGCCUUUUGAAUGGCGCUCCAAAGAGCGGUAUUUCUACGCCUGGGGCUACAAUGUGGUGGCCAUGACCCUGUGCUGUCUAUCCAAUAUUCUACUGGACACUCUGGGCUGCUAUUUCAUGUUCCAGAUCGCCUCGCUCUUCAGGCUGAUAGGGAUGCGACUGGAGGCAUUGAAAAAUGCACCUGAGAAGAAAGCCAAGCCUGAGUUGAGAAACAUUUUCCAGCUCCACGCCAAAGUCCGCCGAUUGACGAGGCAAUGUGAAGUCCUGGUGUCGCCCUAUGUCCUAUCCCAGGUGGUCUUCAGUGCCUUUAUCAUCUGCUUCAGUGCCUAUCGACUGGUGCACAUGGGCUUCAAGCAGCGACCCGGGCUCUUCCUGACCACCGUGCAGUUCGUGGCCGUCAUGAUCGUCCAGAUCUUCCUGCCCUGCUAUUACGGCAACGAGCUGACCGUCCACGCCAAUGCUCUGACCAACAGUGUCUUCGGAACCAACUGGCUGGAGUACUCCGUGGGCACUCGAAAGCUGCUCAACUGCUACAUGGAGUUCCUCAAGCGGCCGGUCAAGGUGCGAGCCGGGGUGUUCUUCGAAAUAGGACUGCCCAUCUUUGUCAAGACUAUCAACAAUGCCUACAGCUUCUUCGCCCUGCUGCUGAAGAUAUCCAAGUAA